AGUGAACAAACACAGGAAGAGCUGAGAGUAUUUAAAGAAAGAGUUGAGAGUGUAUAAUGAAGAGGAAGACUGACAGAAAGAGAAGAUGGCUGAUAAGUGUCACUUGUGUCUGCUGGGACUGAUCUUUCUCUCUUCACUUCUCACAGGUCUCAGUGGAGUGGAUGAUGCUCAUGUGUUCAUCAGUUCUGGUGAAAAUGUCCAUCUGUCCUGUAAUAAUGCUCUUCAUGACUGCAAAUCAACUACAUGGAACUACUAUAACAGAUUCAGUCAUUCAGAGACAGUUGAACUGAUUAAAUUAGGGAUAAAGAACAAAGACACAGAGAGUUAUAAGAGACUGAGUCUGGGGUCUGACUGCUCUCUGAACAUCAAGAACAUCUCAAAAGAAGAUUAUGGAUCUUACAUCUGCCAACAAUGGACAGUGAAUGGACAAAAACUGAGAACUGAUGCUCGUGUUUAUCUGCAUGUUCUUCAUGUCUCUUCAUCAUCUUCAUCAUCCUCACAGACUGAGUUCAGUGCAGGCCACUCUGUGACUCUCUUCUGUCAGUUGUAUUCAUAUGCUGGAGUCUCUUGUGAUGCUUGGAUCCGUUCUGAGAAAAUUGAUCUGUUCUGGGUGAAUCAGACUGGUGUUAAACUGAUGAGAUCAGACUCCAGAUAUCAGAUAUCAGCUCCAGAUCACUGUAUCAGCUCUCUGACUACAACACUCCUGAAUGAAGAUCUCAACAGAGAGUGGAGAUGUGAAGUUACUCACAGAGAUCAAGUCAAGACCUCAGCCACAUACACUGACAAGAGACCAGCUCGAGCUGAUUCAACAACAGCAGAGACCUCAGUCCACAUCACAAAAUCAAAUACAACAACACCAGUAACUUCUAGACCAGGUACAGUAAAAAAUACACUUUGA